UUGCUAAGAAAGCUUGCCCGUUCUGGCUUUUGAGGUUUGACUGCCACCGUUCGCGUCCCCUUUCUUCCUCCGUCGGCUCGUCGAUCCAUCGCUCGUCACAGCAUAACGCUCCUCCGAAGAGGUCGUGGAAGGGUGGGAGUAAGGUCGGAAUAGCCCCGAGAUGAGGCGGGUCUUCGGCGCUAAGAAGGACAAGGAGCCUCCUCCGACGAUCCAGGAUGCCACCGAUAGGAUAAAUAAAAGGGGUGAAACAGUUGAUGAGAAAAUCAAGAAACUUGAUGCUGAAUUAGCUAGAUACAAGGAGCAGAUUAAGAAGACUCGACCUGGUCCUGCUCAAGAAGCUAUAAAAGCUAGAGCAAUGAGAGUCCUUAAGCAGAGGAGGAUGUAUGAUGGUCAACGUGACAUGAUAUAUAACCAGACAUACAAUUUGGAUCAAGUUGCCUUCGCUACAGAGGGACUUAAAGAUGCUCAACAAACUAUGUCAGCACUGAAGACUGCUAACAAGGAGUUGAAAGGGGUGAUGAAGACUGUGAAUAUUUCGGCUAUAGAUAGUAUGCAAGAUGAAAUGAUGGAUAUGAUGGAUAUCAGCACAGAGAUUCAAGAAUCUCUUGGAAGAAGCUACAAUGUCCCUGAUGACAUUGAUGAAGAAGAACUUAUGGGCGAGCUAGAUGCUUUGGAAGCUGAUAUGGGAGCAGAGACGGAGUCUGAUGCAGUUCCAUCUUACCUUCAACCAGAUAAGGAAUCUGAUCUGGACGCAGAACUUAACUUGCCUGUAGCUCCAAUGGGCAAUGCUUCAGCAGUGCCCAACAGAGUAAACCACCAGGCGGAGGAUGGACUAGGCUUACCUGCUGUGCCUCAAGCAUCGCUACGCAGUUAGAACCAGUGUCACUGGGAUCGACAGAUGGAACUACUCAUUUCAUGUACUACUAGUGUGGAUCAAUGUAGUUAAGCACGACAUUAUCGUUUUGGGUGAUGAUCUAUGAUUCAAGAGUGCUAUAUAUUGUCUGUCAACUGAAAUAAAACUUGACCGGUCAUAUAGCUUUAUAUGGAUAAGAGGUUUUAUGUGGAA